AUGGUGUGCUAGAAAUCUAAGGAAGUAGCAAGCAAAGGCUAAAAUUCUGAUGCUAAAAAAUAUAGGCAUUUCCUACCAAGAAGUACUGGUUUAAACAAGCCAUUUAAUAUCGUUUUAGCAAAAAAAGCAGAUGAAGCAGUCUGCUUAAAAUAAGCAAAGCCAGAGAAUUAGAGCGAGGUAAAUAUAAGAGCAACUUAUAAACAUGAAACGAAAUUACAUUCGUAAUAGAGUCAUAAGUUAAGAAAUGGAUUUAGCUGGAGCAAAUAAAACAGAUUUUACUGCCAAAAAGUAGCUUCCUAUUUCAUACUUCAUAUAUUAUUGAGAGCUGUACCCUUUUUCUUAGAUUAAAAGCACAUGAAUACUUCUGUCCAUUAUCAAGUGAAAGUCAGACUGGCAUACUAUAAUCCUAAAAGCCUAAAGGAUAUAUAUGGAUAUAUGUAGGUAGGUAGAUAGAUAGAUAGAAAGAAAGAUAUGUAUGCAUUUAUGUAAGAAAGAAAAUCUACUUGCUCAAAGAUGUGUGUGUGUUUGUUUGUUCUUUUUGUUUGGUUUUUCUUUGUUUUUUCGUUUUUUUUUUAAGAAGCAAAGAGACUGAAAUCAAAAACAGGCUUGCCAAAAGUGAACUCAUCCGGGAGGGAAGGAAGACUUCUUCAGAAACCCAGAGGAAAGACAAAGGAGCUUAUUUCCAUUAGAAUGAAUGAACAAAUAGCAGCUGAUUUAGAGAAGCCUUUUAGUUUUUAGUAAGAGACUUGCUAGAAACUGAAAGUCUUGCAAAAAAGGUUUCCGAGAUACCGCAGAAACACAGGAAAGAAGUAAGAUAAUCUCUUUGUGAGCUAGAGGUUGUUUGUUUGUUUCUUUGUUUGUUUGUUUUGGUUCUUUUUUCGUUUUUUGUUUUUUUUUUUUAGAGAACAUUUUUGA